GCUAAUCUCGCACAUGCGUCGGCUAAGUAAUUGCCCGCCAUGCGCAUAAUAACCCCAAUCCUCCCUCGGAAAAAUCCCCGUCAUCUUUCUACACUUCCGACGAUCAAUCUCGACAACGAUAUCAAUAAUUGCCUCCAAAAAACCCGCUUUAACGAGCCCCAAAAGCUCUUUCACCAAACCCCAAUCGCCGGAAACAUCUUCUCAUGGAACGCAAUGAUGAAGCCUAACCUAGGAAAUGGCCAGACUGAACAUGCCCAGGAACUGUUCGAUGAGGUGUCGCUUAAAACCCGCGCUUCUUGGAACACAUUUUUAUCGAGCUUAAACAAGAGACAAAACCCAGAGGUAGUCUAUAAAGGCUUUCUAGAGAUGGGUAGAGUUGGUUUUAAACCGAAAGAGUCCACUAUCUCGACUUUAGUCAGUGCGGUUUCUGAAACAAAGUUCAACGUAUUGGUACCGCAAGUUCAUGCACUUGUUGUUUGUUUGGGGCUUAAUAUGAGCAUGUUUGUGGGGCCUGUGUUGAUGAAAUGGUACUCGCGAAUGGGGGAUGUAGAGGGACUGGGAAGAGUGUUUGAUGAGAUUUUGGUAAAGAAUGCUGCUUGUUGGAAUGCUUUGGUUUCAGGGUAUAUGGAAGUAGGGUAUUUUAAGCAGGCUCGUAGGGUAUUUGAUAAGAUGCCAGAGAGGGAUAUUGUUUCUUGGACUUCUUUGAUUGAUGGGUACAUUAGGAAUAAGUGGGUUAAUAAAGCUAGGUCUAUGUUUAAUAAGAUGAACCAGAAGAAUGUGGUUUCUUGGACUGCGAUGAUCAACGGAUAUGUGCAAAACGAGAGGUUUCGGGAGGCAUUGAAGUUGUUUGUUUUGAUGUUAAGAUCUGAUACGAGGCCUAAUCAGUUUACUUUUUCAAAUGUCUUGGAUGCAUGUGCUGGUUGUUCAUAUCUUAUUACCGGCCUACAAGUCCAUUCAUGUAUCCUAAAGUUUGGGAUACCGCAGGAUUUAGUAUUGUCUGCUUCCCUAGUCGAUAUGUAUGCAAAAUGUAGGAACAUCGAUGCUGCAUUUUGUGUAUUCGAGUCCAUGCAGGAGAAGAGUUUGGUAUCAUGGAAUUCCUUGAUAGGAGGUUAUGCAAGACAAGGACUUGGAAGAAGAGCGUUGCAGGAAUUUGAUAGGAUGAUUAGCACUGGUAUCAACCCGAGUCAGGUUACAAUGUUUAACGUUUUAUUAGCAUGCAGGGGUAGUGGAUUGGUCAAAGAAGGUGAAAGGCAGUUCAACUCAAUGGACUGCAAGUACGGCAUACAACCAGGGUUGGAACAUUAUGCCUGUAUGAUGGAGAUAUAUGGGAAAGCAGGUCAGCUGGGUAAGGCUGAGACAUUGAUCAAGGGGAUGAUUUUGAAAUUCGAUGUUGUUCUUUGGGUUUAUGCAGCAUUUAGAAAGAUACACGGUGGAACAGGGAAACGGAGUGGUGUAAUAGAAUUUAGACCAUCGAAGGAGAUGAAACAAAGAAGGAAUAUCGCAAAGCAGAAGGUUCUUAGUCAGAUUGAAUCUCCGGUGGAAGUCAAAUGAAUUGAAAUACCUCUACACUCAUUAAUACAAUAAUGCUUCUUAGCUGCAAAUCUUUAGCCUGAUUGUUUGAAUAAUAUAGCCGUUUCUACGUGGCAUCUGCUUUUUUAUAGAUGAUGUCUUGAUUCGUGAAGAAUUGGUAUACAGAUUACGAUGGCCGAAAUCACAGGGCUCGAAAAAUGAGAAUGAUGAAUAGAAUAAAGGGUUCUUGAUUCCUUGUUCUUCGAUUUCACAAGAACCCCAUUGUGACAUGAAACAUCAAGAAUGUUUUCAACACUGGCUCGUUGCAUAUAGUUGCAAAUUGGUUGUUACAUCACACUUCAAGCAUAUUUUACAAUCUAUUGGUAAUAAUUUAUAAUCGAUGACUUGGAAUAUAUGUAUAUCUUGAGAAAUUUUUUCGCCAUAAUGAGGCGAAGCACAUUAUAGAAUGAUUUAGAGAUGGAUGUUUUCAUGGUGAAAAUGAUUAUGGUUCAUGGUCUGCGAUUAUAAGGUGCAGAUGUGAGAGAUAAGUGGGCAGGGAGUUAUUGUAUUUCUUUAUUAUCAUUUACUCUUUUGAUCCUAUUAUGUACCCAAAAAGACGGGAGCAAUGCAUAAACGUUUUUCAGUA